UUCAGCCAAUACAAAUCGACUCAAGUUGUAAGUCAGCAAAUCAAAACACAGGUAAUUGGAAAUGGGCUGGGUCUGUAAACUACAUUGACAGACAUUGUGGUCAACUUUACCGGUGUCCAAAUAUUUCACUGGACCUAAACACUAAAGGCACCAGAAUAUGGGCAGUGUGUUAGCUGCCGCGUCCCCCAGUCCAGCCCCGGCUGCCUCUCAAGACAGUCCAGUCAUCCCAGGGUUUGGGUCAGUUCCUCCAGGGUUCACGAUGCCUCCUCUGUCAUCUGUCACUCCAGCAUCGGGAUCUGACCAACAAGGGUCAAAAUCAGAUUCCCUACUUUCAAACCCAGGCACAUAUGAGGAAUGCCACCAAAAAUGUAAAGAGGUCUUCCCUCUGCAGAUGGAAGGUGUCCGGUUAGUGGUUAACAAAGGCUUGAGUAACCACUUUCAGGUCAGCCACACUAUAACGCUAAGUACCCAAAGUGACUCUGGGUACCGAUUUGGUACUACAUACGUUGGCAGCACACAGACUGGGCCAGCAGAGUCCUUCCCAGUUAUGGUGGGUGAUAUGGACAACACCGGCAGUCUGAAUGCCCAGGUCAUCCAUCAGCUCACAAAGGCUCUACGCUCAAAAAUAGCCAUUCAGACUCAGCAACAUAAGUUUGUGAACUGGCAGUGUGACGUGGAACAUCGUGGUGAAGACUUCACUGCUGCUGUGACGUUUGGAAACCCAGACAUACUGGCUGGAUCUGGUAAGAGGAUUGUUGAUCUGUCUUUGCCGUACACAGUAAAACACAGUAAAACCGUUUAUCACAAGAGACCUGGCGAAGAAGGAACUGUCACCUCUCUUUUGGGCAGAUACACAGGUGAAAAGUUUAUCGCUACCUUGACCAUGGGAGGUGCAGGAGCUCAUGCUACGUACUAUCACAAAGCCAAUGAUCAGCUGCAGGUAGGAGUUGAAUUUGAAGCCAGUAUGAGAAUGCAAGACACCACGACGUCUUUCGGUUACCAGCUGGACCUCCCUAAAGCUAACCUCCUCUUCAAAGGUAAAAUGGACAGUAACUGGGUGGUAGGCGGUACCAUUGAAAAGAAACUGGUGCCGUUGCCCCUCACACUGGCCCUAGGGGCUUUGCUCAACCACCGCAAGAACAAGUUCCAGUGUGGUUUCGGUGUCACCAUUGGCUAGAGAUGCUGCCUGGACAGUACCAGAGUCCACAGUUCGGACCAGAACGGUGACACACUGGACUGAAAACUGGACUAGGAUUUUAUAAAGUGAAUUGACAGACCCUUCCAACUGAACUGUGGGACAGAAAGGUGAAAAGAUGACAAAGUUUUUAUGGAACCAGGAUGAGCCGAGCCAUGUCUACAUACUGUAGCACAAAUGUCUUUCCUUUAAUGGUGUAUUGGAUCUUUACAGAGCCCAGAAUGAUGGGAUGUCAGGCGUCAUCAGGAGAUGCAUGAGAAUCAUGUGGUGUGAAAAUCAAAGUGUUUAGUUAUAAUAUAUGUUGAUAAUGUACAAUGGAUUGGAAUAAAUCUGAUUAUUUUGUAAAAAAAAAAAA